AGUUGUGUCCUAUAAAUAGCUAAGCUGCCGAGAGUUUGUGGUAAGCUAGCAAUGGCAAGUCUCUAAUAAAAUGUCAAGUCGUGAGCUCGGUUGAGCUCACCGUGGAUUAGUCCUGUUCACGUCAAACAUGGAUACCAUGUAAAAUUCUUGUGUUGUGCGUUUGUCAAUUCCGCGAGUGUCGAAUUUUUCAUGGUAUCAGAGUCUUGGUCCUAAUAAGGAUUUGGAUUCCGUCAUUUCAAGCCCUAGUAUUCGUUGAUUUCUUGGUUGUUCCUCCACAUCGCACGAGCAUGGGAGAUGAGAGCUCGGCCAGUGAGGAGAAGAAACCAACAGUCGAUGAUGGGGAGGUAAUUGGUCCAACGUCUCCUUUGUUAUUGCAUCCGUCCAAUGCUCCCAGUCAAGUCUUCGUCGGAGAUCUUCUCACCGAUUUGAAUUACGGCGAGUGGUCUGCAGAGAUGUCCAAUGCGCUCAUCGCUAAGAAUAAAUUUGGUUUUGUUCUUGGCACAAUUUCGCGACCUGUGUCAGGCGAGCAUUUGAAUGUGUGGACAAGAUGCAACGCCAUGGUAGUUGGUUGGCUUCGUCAAGCUAUGACAAGGGAGAUCCGCAGCAGCUUGAGCACCAAUUUUACUGCGAAACAGAUUUGCGACGAACUUCGAGAACGUUUCAGUACUGGUUCUCUCCCUCGUCGAUAUAAAAUCAGACGUCAAAUUACUACUCUUCGUCAAGAUAGGUCAAGUGUUUCUGCGUUCUAUGCUAAACUCAAACGCUUAUGGGACGACUGGCUAUCACUCGAAUUGCCAGCCAAGUGCACUUGUGGGCGCUGCACAUGUAACGUUGAGCAGCGGACGAGAGAGUCCCACGAGUCGAUGAGACUUCUUGAUUUUUUGGUUGGCCUUGAUGACAAUUUUUCCACAGUUCGCACUCAUCUUUUGUCAUUGGAGCUUCCACCAAGUCUAGGAGAAGCAUGUCAUGCAGUGGCUAAUGAUGAGCAACAGAUGAACAUUACCCAUGAUUCUCGUCCCCGUGUAGAGGCCGCGACAUUCCAAGGCCAGAGGGAGCUCACAAACUCGGAAAAUAGAACUUAGGAUUCUCGUCCAAAAUGCACCCACUGUGGUAAAAUUGGGCAUUUAUGUGAAUCAGGUUUUGAUAUAAUUGGAUGGCGGCCACCGAAAUCUGGAGAGAAGGGGGAGAGUUCGCGUCGUCGCAACCAAUCUCAACACCAAUGACAACACAUGCAAGCGGGCGCCGUGGAGAGCUCUGAACUCAGCAUUCCUGGACUUAUAGCUGAAUGAGUACCGCAACUCAAAGCCUUCCUCAAUUCUGAACCCAAGGCAACCAUUACUCCCUCAUCUCAACCGAAAGUAAACAUGUCAGGUGCGU